UCUGCUGUGUGUCGGGAAAACAUGAUGGCGUGACGAUGGCCGACUCGAAUUACGACAGAGCAGACGAUUUGAAGCGGGGGGGUUUUCCAUGCAAACCCACCGCUUUGCUCGGCAAACCUCGGUCUGCCAAUUUUAUAUUUAUUUGUGUCUUCACCCGAUCAAGGACAAUGCUCUACGAUAUUCGAUGGAUUAUACCGAAAUUAAGAAACACUGGAAGACUAUGGAAUUUGGCUAGCAGUUUUACUUUUGCCGCGGUUGGACUGUUCUCUAGAAUCAUCAUUGAAUGGCUCAAUAAGACUACAGUUUACAACAAGCACAUUAUUACAAAGGCGUUAGAUGACAGACCUAAAAAUGUACCGCUCAUAACCGUUUCCAAUCAUCAUAGCUGCUUCGACGAUCCUGGAAUAUGGGCCACCUUGGAUCUCAAACACAUGCUUAGUAGACGAAAAAUGAGAUGGUCACUGGCUGCCCAUGACAUUUGUUUUACCAAUGUUUGGCACUCGUAUUUCUUCAUGCUCGGAAAAUGCAUACCUGUCGUCAGAGGAGACGGCGUUUAUCAAGAAUCCAUGAAUUUUUGCAUAGAAAAAUUGGGUUCUGGUGAUUGGGUACAUGUUUUUCCAGAGGGCAAAGUUAAUAUACUCAAAGAGCGCAUGAGAAUAAAAUGGGGUAUUGGAAGAUUAAUACUCGAAUCACCUGUAACACCUCUUGUUGUACCUAUUUGCCAUCUUGGUAUGGACCAAGUAUUGCCAAAUGAUCCACCUUACAUGAUAAAAACAAGAAAAAAAGUAACGAUGAAUUAUGGUGAACCAAUAGAUUUUAGUGAAAUGCUUGCCGAUCUCAGAGCCUCCAAAGCAAGUGAAGUUGAAUCAAGAAAAGCCAUUACGGAUAGAAUUGAAGAAGAACUCCAUAGGUUAACAAUUACAACGGAAGAGUUACAUGUAAAGCUUUGACGUCAAAGUGGCGGUUCACGCCGUCACUCGAUAUAGCCUCGAGACCUUUUCGAUAUUCGAUAAAGGGAACCAGUCACCAUUGUAUACGAAGCGUACUGGUGAGGCUGUAACUUUACAUUUCCUUUGAAAGGAAAGAAAGACGAAGAAAAAGAACUAUCGCAUCGAUCAUAUGAGCAAAAAGACAUUCGAAGUGAUAGAAAAUUGAAACAAUUAUCGAAAACGAAAAAAAUAUGGGAAUAUCCAAAAACAUUUCGGAUCACGAAAGGAUAACGAAAAAUUCGUGAAUAACGAUUAGAGGAUUUUUAUACAUCACCGAUAUGCAAUGCAUGCAUUCUGACGUAUGUAAAUAUGAAAUUGGUUUAGGGCUCGAUUUUUUAGAGUCCUCCGAACGAGAUAGCAAUCGAAGAAAUGGUUCCAAAUCGAUUGUCGUGAAUUCUUAUUGAAGCAAUUUUCAUUUCGCAAAUUACAGAAUGUGAAGCAAACAAUACAAACUCGUUACUUUGCCUCAAUCGCAAAAUUAUGCUCACUAAAUUCGCUCCAUUAUUUGUUAACCGAUUGCGUCACAUUAGCUGCCAUGAGCUUUAAUCACGACGCAACGUUAUUUUGUGGACAAUGAAUUAUUGGGCCAAUGUAAUGACGUUUCGUUCCAGGAAAAUUAUCGUAUCGCGACGAAAAUAUACGAUAAGAUACGAUUGACGUUUUACGAUAUAUUAUCGGAUAUCCAAGAUGGAAUUUAAUCGUUCCGUCGCUCGUUCGUCAUUUGAAACGAGACAACGUUCGUUAUAAAAAAUCAAAUGUAUACUUUCUUAAGGAAAUACACCCAUUGAUGCAAUUUCGAAUAUGAAUAUGACUGUUUAUAUUUUUUAGUGAUCAAAGUUAUUGGCAAAUAAAAAUGUUGAAUAUUUACUUGAAA